UGGUUUUCACCCAGGCGGCCCGGGUUCGACUCCCGGUAUGGGAACUACUGUUUUUGUUAGUGAGUCUGCAGAACUUUCCAGAAUUGCCUCACACUUCAGCUCUAGCACCUAAUGCUCUUUGAAAAUAGUCAUUUUCUUGGGAACAUUGUAUUGGUCCGCAUGAGGCACGAGUACAGUCAGUUGCGUCAUCACUAGUGGCCGUUACGUUUGAAGGCAGCGACUGACCCACCGACUUUGCCUGAGCACGGAACCGCUUCGCCGGUGGGAAUAAUCGGUUUCCUGUACAGUUCCGCGCUCGUAGCUCCGGGGCUGCCCAUGAACGGCACCAUGGCUGCGUCUUCCCAUCGGAUAAUGCUGGGGCCACUGGUUGCUGCUAUCGACCAGGGCACGAGCUCCACCCGCUUUCUGGUGUUUAAUUCAAAAACGGCAGAGCUCCUCAGCCAUCAUCAGGUGGAAAUCAAACAGAGCUUCCCAAAAGAAGGCUGGGUGGAGGAGGAUCCCAAAGAAAUCCUGCAGUCAGUGUACGAGUGCAUGGAGCGGACAUGUGAAAAGCUGACGCAGCUCAACAUUGACAUCUCAAACAUCAAAGCUAUUGGAGUGACCAAUCAAAGAGAGACCACGCUUGUUUGGGACAAAGAGACGGGGGAGCCUCUCUACAAUGCAAUCGUGUGGCUGGACCUGCGGACUCAGUCAACGGUUGAGCGGCUUAUAAAUAAAACUCCAGGAAGAAAUAAGAACCACUUGAAGCAUAAAACGGGGCUCCCAAUCAGCACUUACUUCAGCGCCGUCAAACUUCGCUGGUUGAUGGACAAUGUGGACGAGGUCCACAAAGCUGUGGUCUCGCACCGCGCCAUGUUCGGCACAGUCGACUCCUGGCUUAUUUGGUGUCUGACAGGGGGUAAGUCAGGUGGAGUCCACUGCACGGACGUGACCAACGCCAGCAGAACCAUGCUGUUUAACAUUCACACGAUGGACUGGGAUCCAGAACUUUGCAAAUAUUUUGGUAUUCCUAUGGAGAUCUUACCCAGGGUGAGGAGCUCAUCAGAAAUAUAUGGCCUUAUGAAAAUAUGUUCUAGCCGGAAAUCAGGGGCUCUUUCAGGUAUUCCAAUAUCAGGGUGUCUUGGGGAUCAGUCAGCAGCGCUUGUUGGACAGAUGUGCUUUCAGGACGGGCAGGCUAAAAACACGUAUGGGACCGGCUGCUUUCUCCUGCGAAACACUGGAGUUAAGCCUGUGAUGUCAGAGCACGGUCUUCUGACCACUGUGGCGUACAAACUUGGUCGGGACAAGCCUGCCUGUUAUGCACUGGAGGGCUCUGUGGCCAUCGCUGGAGCUGUGGUCCGCUGGUUACAGGACAAUCUCGGGAUCAUUGGAUCAUCUGAAGAACUUGAGAAGUUGGCUGCUUCUGUCGGCACAUCUUACGGCUGCUACUUCGUUCCUGCGUUUUCGGGCCUUUACGCUCCUUACUGGGAGCCCAGCGCACGAGGGAUCAUUUGCGGGUUAACUCAGUUCACUAAUAAGAGCCACCUCGCUUUUGCUGCGCUGGAAGCUGUCUGUUUCCAGACACGAGAGAUACUGGACGCCAUGAAUCAGGACAGCGGCAUCCCGCUGACACAGCUCCAGGUAGACGGAGGAAUGACAUCCAACAAGCUGCUGAUGCAGCUGCAGGCAGACAUCCUCUGCAUCCCUGUUGUCAAACCAUCCAUGCCUGAGACCACAGCUCUCGGUGCAGCGAUGGCAGCGGGAGCAGCAGAGGGGGUGAGCGUUUGGAGUCUGAACCCCGAGGACCUGAGCGAAGUGACGUCAGAGAAGUUCGAACCUCAAAUCAACCCCGAAGAGAGCGAGUUUCGGUAUGCUCGGUGGAAGAAGGCUGUUGAGAAAUCCAUGAACUGGGAGACGACGGAGCCUGUUUGCAAUGGAAACGGUGAAACCAGUAUCUUCAGCAGCGUCCCGCUGGGCUUCUACAUCAUUGGCAGCAUGCUGAUGUUAAUCGGCGCGAAAUACCUCACAGGCCACAAGUAGACUGUGAUUUCUGGAGGCAUUAAAUUGACGUGGAGGGGGAGAAGAGGAAACAGGACCAGCGCUUGUGCUCUUGUUGAAAUCUUACCCAAAAUUCAUUCCAGAAGAAUGAGAGAGACGCAGACCUGCUGAGCCUCACCGCUGAGUACGAAAUCAGGACAACUCUGACUAACGGGACAUCUUCAAUAUUAUUUUCAUGGUUAUUUAAUUUUUUAAAAAUUGUGGCAAAGAACACAUCAGUACGGUAUCCAUUCAUUUUAGCAGCAUUGCACAUGCAGUGUUUCCUUUCCUUUUUUACAGGGUGAUGAAUUUCUGAGUAUUUAUGUAGAUACUUGUUUAUAUGUAAGUGUGAGAUGCUGUCUAAUUUGUUUGUCACUGUUAACCUUGAACUGUCUAACCCUCAGACCCUCCACGGUGAGCUACAGGAACUUUUUUAGAGCACUUUAUAAUUUUUUGUUUUGUUUUUGUUUAGACGAGUCUUUGUAUGGUGUAUAUGUUUUUUUUCUUGUUUUGAACAGUUGGGAUUAAGACACAGAAAGUUUGAGGUAGUCUGUAGUAAAACCAAAGUGGGACGUGGUGCACUGACGGGUCUGCUCUUAGUGAAAGUGAACCCGUACGUACUUGAUUGGUUGUUUAAAAACCGAAAGUGGGGGAAAAAGCGGUGCAGCGAAGGAUGGGGACAACUGGAUAUCCGUGGGAGUGCAGUGUAUGAGGAAAGCCGCACAUGCAUAUGCUUACACCAGGAAACAAAACGGCAGCAGCAGGUUAUAACUUGUUUACUGUGCAGCCCAAAAUGGAUUCAAUCUGUAAGCCUAGUCAUGGUUGAAAAGGUCGGUUCUCCCUGAAAUCCAUCUGUGAUCAUCCAGAUUAAGCUGGUAUGCUCAUUUUUGGAUGAUGCCUGCUUUUUGUUGAACUUAAUGGAGCCAGAUAAACAAAAAAAUAAGUAAAGCAUUUAAAAAAAAAUCAACAAAUUACAGUGGCAGCUGAAAUACUUUCGGUAUCGCUGCAGUGAAAACAUCCAUCUACCCUGAUGAAAGGCUCAUGCUGGUAACAGAAUGUAAUCUCUGAAGGCAUCCCUCCCCACCCUUUUUCCCCUCCAUCUCCCCACAUUGAUUGAGCUGUCAUGUUGGCUAGCUGCCUGCAUUGCUUGGCUGGAGAUGUAUGCGGCAGAAUAUCGCUCACAGCAAAGCUUGUGGCUUUUUUUUUUUUUUUUUUAAAUUAACUGUAGCAACCUGUUUAUUUCUGAGUCACAAUUACAGCCAAACAUGUUUUGUUUUUAACAUGUUGAGCUCCGUUUAAGUUUCACUACACCCAGUGGGAAAUCGUCUAAACUGUGCAAGUCGCACCUAAACAGGCCGUGAUUACCAUGUGUAAACAUGAUUUCUGUCGCUCUGAGCGACCGGUUGCGCCUCUGUGGGCUUUAAAAAAAUGUAUUUAAAAUGAUGGAAGUUUCCAGGUCAUGCAAAACAUGCUUCUGAUAUGCAAAUGACGCUCGUUUGAAACAAACUCUAACUUGCUGCACUAAAACGUGAAGGUUUAGAACGUUUCUCAGGUGAAAUGAUUCAAACCGACGCAAGCUCUUUAAGUGGCUCUCUUUGCUUCAUGGUCAGGGCUUAAGUUUGAGUCAGGCCUGAUGAAGUACGAGCGUCCCUGGUUGGGAAGGUUGUAGGCAGUACAUUUGUUUCUGUGCUUGCUCUCUGUAACCCUGGACUAUUAAAUUAUGCAGAACCUCUUAUGAUGUGAAAAUGCUGAAUAUUCUGUUGUGAUAUAAAGAGUUUACAAAUAAAUAUGUGAGAGGAAAGCAAUGGAAGAACAAAGUGUAACUGCCAACAUUUGCCCCCUGACCUUUAACUGUGAAAUGGGAAAAUUGCUUUGAAUAGUGACAUCACCUCCCUGCAUGUCCUUACCUGAAACGUACCAACGGUGGAAAGUAUUUGUACUUGUCAUGUGAACUGGUGUUUUUCUUGCCGUCACAUUAAAGAGCGAUUUCACCCAAA